UCGUAAAAGUCGACGCUAGAAUCUUUAUAACGUUUCUUUACAAACACAAACCAACAAUUGUUCAAGACCUGUCCGUGAAUAUCACUGUAAUGAUAAAAUCAAGGGCGGGAAGUAAAAUAUCCUAGGAUUGUUGUUUUGCUUAUUGAGUUAGCUGCUAUCGAACCAACAGCAGAGGUGUCUCCUUACAUCGAGUGAUGAUAUGAAAAAAAUAAAUGCUUGAGAUGGCCUGUGUCGAAGAUGUCUCACAUACCAUUGAUAUGGUUAAAAUAAAGUAUAUAAUUAAGGGUAUUUCUCACCUAGGUUGAGUUAGGCCAAAGAGUCAGAUAAAGCAGCUACUUAGAACCAACGAGGAUUCAACAACUUACCUUUAUGAUGCAGAAGCCAAGUAAAUCGGUAGUUAAACUGGUGCGUGAAAAACAGGUUGUUUCAUUUGAUUUUAUCUAAUAAUAUUUAACUUCAAAGUUGACGAAAAAAGAAGCCAUCUGAGGUAGUUAUUAGUCUGAGAAUCAAUACCUGCUGCUACCACAUGGUAGGUACCCCACAAAACCUGCCCUUCUUUUCAUCACUAUAUUCAUAUCUACAAUAGUGAAUUCCCUUUUACUUGGAGGCUGUGAAAAAACCGUUUAUCCAAUAAAUUUGAGAUCUUUGAUCAGAUGAUCGCAGCCUUUAUAUCCAUGGUGGGGUACCCUCAUACGGCACACACCUACCUGUCCUUAGAAUAACUUACAAAUUCUCAAUUUUUGGAGUUUCUGUUUUAUCUGGCUCCCCAUGCCACCAUGUCAAUGUUUCAUUUGAUAUGUGGCCUCUGGGGGCUCUUGUCUCUGAGCUUUUGUGAAGUUGUGGGGUGUGCUUCAUGCUGUCCAUACCAGUUUUUUCAGCAAAGCAAUCGAACGUUUGAGCAGAAAACUGAUAGGUUUUGGAAGUUCAGUGAAGAAGCUGAUAGGUGGGUUGAAGUGCAACUUCCUUGUGAUCUGAUAUCCGGUGGUGAUAGUGAUUGUGGUAAAAUGAACAAAAGGGAAGAAAGCAUGGAUCAAGAACAUGGAUUUGAUGACAAAAAGAUGAAGGUGGGUAGAAAGGAGGGUAAAAUUAGAGUAGUGGAGCCCUUGGAUGUGGUUUUGAUGCCUCUGAGAAAGAGAAUUUCAUUGACCAAAAUGUCUGAGACAUCUGUGUGGGUCACUGGUGAAAGUGGGUCUAUCUAUGAGAGGUUUUGGAAUGGACUAGAAUGGGUGACUGCCCCUCAUGACUUGCCAAUAUCAGCAGGACGUGCAGUUGCAGUUUUUAUCAUCAAUCACAUGAUUCUUGCUCUAUCUGAAGCAGGAAAUCUAUAUCAGAUGCAUCUGCAACUUGGAGAAACUCAACAACCUAUUUGGGUUGAAUUCUCACCUACACUCAAUCAAAUCACAGAUAAUGAUCAGGAGAACAAUCCUUUGAUAUUAAUGAAGUCUGGCGUGGUGUCAGAUGAUGGCCAAAGAGGUUACUUCUGUACAAAGAAUGGAACACUGGUAGAACUUGCUGUGGUUGAGUCUCCAAGAUGGACAAAUCAUGGCCAACCAGCUGGAGCAAAUGUUGCAGCAAUAGCUGCUGUUGCUUCUACACGAGAAGUAGUAUACACCAUAAGUUCUGCUGGAGAUCUUUAUGAAUAUGAUCGAAAAUCUAAACCGUCGUGGAAGAGGCACAUAUGGAAAGAAAAAAAAGCACAAGUUGCACCUUUGGUACCAUCUAAAGGGUGCAUUUUACAUGGAUUAAGUGGUGAUCAUUCUGAAUCUCUGUUUCUUUUAACCAAGGAAGGCACUUUGGUUGAAAGAAGAUUACAUCAAAGGAAGUGGAAAUGGGUAGUUCAUGGAAGUCCUGAACAUCAAAAUUUGACGUCUACUACACCUGCUUUGCAAGAUGAAUCAAGUGAAACAUUCAUUUCUUUAUUCUUUACUACUUCAGCUGGAUCUGUUUUUGAAUAUCAAAUGCCCAAACAAUUAGGCACUGUUCCGAAUAAUCAGUUUCCAGGAGCAUGGGGAAGUCAUGAGAAUCCCUUACAUGCAAAAGCAGCAAGAGGUGUAGCUGGCUUACCAUUACAAGUUGGGAGGAUACUGUUUGCACUAGACGAUGGUAGACUGGCAGAAUUGCAUCUAGUAGGACUAGGUGGUGAAAGUUCAGGACCAACAGCACCACAAAACUUCAGAAGGAAAGCAUCAACUAAAUAUGUUUGGACUAUAUUAGAUGUUCCAGAGAGUGAAGGAUGGAAUGCAGAAUAUUGCACAGAAGAACGCGGCCCCCGGAAUUGCAUGACAGGCACAAAAGAUGACUCAACUGAUUCAGGAAUAAGUUCAGCAACAGGUAGGAGAAAGCAAAGCCAAGCACAGCAUUAUUACUUGUCUCUAGGCACAGGUGGUGAACUGAACAAGUCUUCAGAAGAAUAUAAUAUGCCAGAUGACUGGAUUAGUAGAAACUUUCGCUUACGGUUGAUGUAUGAAGGCAAGUCACUUUUCUUAAUAAACGAUGAUGGUUUGGUUUUUGAAUACGUUUGUAUUGAGAGUGUAUGGGUAUGGUUGAGGCAUGAUAGCUCCACUGCUAUGAAUGGUAUAGUGGGGAACUAUAAUGGAAGUUUAUUCAUGGUUAAUACAUUUGGGAGUUUGCUCCUUAGAGAAUGGAGUGAUAAUGAGAUAGCAUGGAGGAAUUGUACUGCUAUGAGGAAAGGAAGAAACAUUGUUGCAGGUCAACCAUGGGAUAGAUUACCAGGUAAAGCAAAGAGGGUUACAACCGAAGACUCAAUCUUCUUUGUGAGCCAAAGUGGCAGAUUAAUGCAGUUCAUGGUGUACAUGAGGAAGUUUAAAUGGAAAGAUUGCAAAAAUCCUCAAAAUGUUAAAGUUGCAAGUAUAGUUGACCAGGAAUUGUUCAGGGAAAAUAUAGUCUUCGUCACUGGAAGAAAUGGUCGACUAUACCAGUAUAACAAAGUGACUGAUUUGUGGCAUGAGCAUUACCAGUCUCAACAUUUGAUUUUAUCACAGUUUCCUGGAACAAUUAUAAGGCCAUCAACAAAGUCACUCUCAGGCUCUCUCUUCAUGCUAUCAACAGAAGGUGGCCUUGUUGAGUACCAGUGGAAUACUUGGUACGGAUGGAACUGGAUAGAACAUGGAACACCCUAUAAAGGUGUAACACUGGUUGGUUCACCUGGUCCUAGCUUUGAAGGCAAUCAACUACUUUUGAUUGGUUCAGAUGGAAAAGUAUACCUGAGAUACAUGGACAAAAAUGCAUGGAAGUGGAAGGACUGUGGUUUCCCCUCUAUGGGAGAAAAAAAUGUUGAAACACAUAGUGAAGGCAAUGUGGAGAAAGCAGUUCAGAUUGAUGAAAAUUGUGCAUCUGGCUUGAAUAAGGACCAAGAUAACCUCGCUGACCAUCACUUAAAUUGUGAAACAAAGGUGGCAUCCACGAGACCAAUUCCAUUUUCUGAAGGUUCUGUAAUAUUUGAGCUCAGAGAUGGAAGGUUGGCAGAAUUGCAACUUGUAGAGGAGACAGAAUGGACUUGGUCACGGAUCAUUGGCACUCCAAACAGUUUAUGCUUGGAAAAUUAUUGGAUUGCACUAGCAUCAUCAUAAUAGUAUCUGCCAGAAGCACUUGAUGUACAUGUAGACAUUCUAGUUAACAACUUACCUCCUCCUGAGGCUGAAAUAGGUAGUGUAGAUAAUAUAGGCCCGGGGAGAUCAGAUGAGCUGUUUGUAACAUAACAUUUAAAAUAAAUUAAAAGUAUAGAUAAUAUAGCCUUAAA